AAUUGUCACAUGAUAGCAUGUCUCUUAACCAAGAGGAAGUUGUUCGUCCCACUGCCAACUUUCAUCCCAACGUUUGGGGGGACCAGUUUCUAAUUUAUGAAGAGCAAGCUGAGGAAGAUGACAUAAAUCGAAUUGUCUGUGAUCUAAAAGAAGAAGUGAGAAAAGAUAUACUAGCAGCUUUAUAUGUUCCAAUGGAACAUACGAAACUUUUAAAACUAAUCGACACAAUCCAACGUCUUGGAAUAGCCUACUAUUUCGACGAAGAGAUUAAGCAAGCCUUGCAACAUAUCUAUGUGAAAUAUGGUGAUAACUGGAGUGGUGGUAGCUCUUCCGUUUGGUUUCGACUCAUGCGACAACAAGGGUUCUACGUUUCAUGUGAUAUUUUCAGUAACUACAAAGAAAAGAAUGGAGCUUUUAAGGAAUGGUUGACCAAUGACAUUCAUGAGAUGCUUGAGUUAUAUGAGGCAACAUAUAUGAGGGUGAAAGGAGAAGUUUUACUAGACGAAGCUCUUCUUUUCACAAAAACUCAUCUUGAAACACUAGCAAAGGAUCCUGUUCGGUGUAACUCUACUCUUUCAAUACAUAUACAGGAGACACUAAAGCAUCCUAUACAGAGAAGGUUGCCAAGACUUGAGGCGUUACACUACAUUCCUUUCUACCAAAAACAAGCGUCUUGUAAUGAGUCUUUACUUCAACUUUCAAAGUUUGGGUUCAAUCUACUUCAAUCACUACACAAGAAAGAGCUUAGUGAAGUUUCCAAGUAUAUAUACACCUCUUUCUUCUCUAGUUGCAUAUAUCAAUGUAUCGAUAUUUUAGUCUUCUCCAUUUGUAUUAAUCAAUAUUAUUGUAGGUGGUGGAAAGGUUUCGAUAUCCCGAACAAGGUACCUUAUACACGGGACCGAUUGGUUGAAUUGUACUUUUGUGCAAUUGGUGUAUACCCUGAGCCACAAUAUUCAUGUGCUAGAAUUUUCUUAACAAAAUUGUUUGCAAUGUCAACGAUGAUUGAUGAUACUUAUGAUGCUUAUGGUAUUUUUGAAGAGCUUGAAAUAUUUACUGAAGCAGUUCAAAGGUGGUCGAUUACAUGCUUAGAUGUGCUUCCAAACUACAUGAAACCAAUCUACCAAGGACUUAUAGAUGUUUACAAAGAAAUGGAAGAAAUCAUGGCAAAUGAGGGGAAUGUAUAUCGUGUCAACUAUGCCAAAGAGUUUACGAAAGAGUUUAUUAAAAGCUACAUGACAGAAGCAAAGUGGGUUAACGAGGGUUACAUACCAACCAUGGAGGAGAACAUGUCAUAUAGAUUAACAAGUUGUGGCUAUAGCAUGCUUACCGCAGCAUCUUUUGUUGGCAUGGGGGAUAUUGUCUCUGACGAGUCGUUCAAAUGGGUUCUCACGGAUCCUCCUAUUGUCAAAGCUGCAUGUGUAAUUUUUAGACUCAAAAAUGACAUUGCGUCUCACAAGCAAGAGCAAGAAAGAGUACAUGUUGCAUCUCUUGUUGAAAGUUACAUGAAGCAAUAUGAUGUCACUGAGGAGUAUGUCCAUGACUUGCUGUAUAAGCAAGUCGAAGAUGCAUGGAAAGAUAUAUCCCUUGAGACCCUCAUAUGUAAAGAUGUUCCGAUGCCUCUACUGACGCGUGUUAUCAACUUAGCACGGGUGAUAAACGUAUUAUACGAAAAUAAAAACCAUUUCACAAAUGUGGGAGAAGAACUGAUAGAAAUUAUCAAAUCUCUAUUUGUUCAUGAUAUGAGUAUGUAACUUAUGGAUGCACUCCAGAGUUGUUUAUCCGUUAUUUCAAUUUUCAAAUAUGGUUGAAUAAAAUAGUAAGUUAUUUGUUAUUGUA